ACCAGCUGUUGGUGUGUGGUACUGGCAAGCUGAUAUCAAUGGCGACUAUAUCGAGGUUUACAAGAGUUAACACAGCUUCUCGACGAUUUUUCCUUCGCAUCGGUGCACUGUCUGGUGCCUCGGCGGUGCUUCUAGGGGCACAUGGUGCGCACGCAUUGAAGCACAGCGUUCACGAUACCUACAGAGCUCAGGUAUUUGACAUCGCAAAGAAUUACCACUUUAUUCAUAGUUUGGCUUUAUUUGCCGUGCCACUAUGCAGACAACCACUACUUGCUGGCACUCUGCUGACAUCGGGCAUUGUACUUUUCUCAGGCACUUGUUACUUACACUCGCUAUACAAUAUGUAUAAAUUAAGACGUUACACGCCGAUAGGUGGCGUACUUCUUGUAGCAGGCUGGCUUGCAUUGGCAAUUUAAACACUUUCCCACCGAAUAUGUACAAAUGACAGCGUGUGCUAGUUUAAGUUGAUCAGGUUUAACUUGACUACAAUAUAUGUAUUUUUAACGAGUAAUUAUGCAAACAGUUCAUGGAUUCAUGGAUUGUUCAAAAUUCAUAUUUCAAAGUUCAUAGUUCAUGACAUCACAUCUGUCUUCGUCAAGAAUUUCAAUUUCAGACAUACAUAGUCUUGCCAUUUCUACGGAUUAUUUACCAUUGUCUGAAAUUACACAGGGUAUCUUUUCGAAUUCGGGUGAUGUUAAUUUUGCAUAAAAUAUAGAACUAUUUGAGACAAAUAGCGAGUUGUAGCUGUAUUUUACAGCAUACUUUUAAGAAUGAGAAAAGAUAAUGUGUCUUGAAUGGAAAGUGGGGGGAGGGUGCAUAGUAAAAUUCGAGAUAUGAAAGCCAUUUUAUAUACGAAGAAAUUAAAAAUAUCAUUUGCCAAAAUUUAACUAAAUAUAUCACUCUAUUGGCCUAUCUGGUAGAUAUCAGUAAUAGCGCGGACUGUUGCAUAUAUUGUUGCAAUUGUACGAUGAUAACGUCAUCAAUACACAUUAGAAAUGCCAAUUACUACAUAAAUAUUUGUGUCAUUGAAGCGCGGUGGACGUCGCGCAGCGCGUGUUCGAAUUUCCUGUAAACAAACAAUGCAUUUUACACUCGUUGUAUACGUCGCUAUGGAUCCCAUAUCGAACAGGACGCGGCGCGACGACCACCGUCCUUUAACCGCCAUGUGUUAAUAAAUCAUCAGUUCCCACUA